UUCGUUUUGCUUAUAUUCAUUUACCAGCUGAUAUUUUUCACAAUUUAAUGUUAUUAAAUAUCAUUAUAGUACUGGUCUUACGUUUGGUGAGCCAUUUUUAUUUUAUUAAAUAGAAAUAAUCCCAAAAUGAACAACAAUACAGUUAUUCUAAGUUUGGAAAAUCCGACAUUUUCUACGUAUCUCAUAGUUUCCUCAUUGCUAGUGUUGAAAAUGAUGGGACUAAUAGUUUUAACUAUUUAUCAUCGGAUUACCAAAAAAAUAUUUAUCAGUGAAGAAGACACCGCUAUGUCAGGAGGAACGGUAGGAUCAGACCAAGAUAUAGACAGAGUGAAAAGGGCUCUUCAAAACGACUUAGAGAACAUUCCAGCUUUCCUGGCGAUCUCAUUGGCGUACCUUUGGGUUCCGGUUCCUGACUGGGCCGUCCACAUUUUAUACUACGCCUUCCUGAUCCUCAGGUCACUCCACUCUUUUGUUUACGCCGUCUACGUGAUUCCCCAGCCUACUAGAGCACUGUGUUUUGUUUUGUCCUUUGCCAUUUUAGGAUAUAUGUGCUCCCACGUUUUUGUUUAUGCUUUUUCAGUGGGCUAUUUUGCAAAAUAAAGAACUAUUAAAUAGUACCGUAUGAUCGAAUAAAAAUGGCGUCAGCGAUGGCUAUGAAAUGAAGAUUGCUGUCAUUUUAUAUGUAAAAUUAUAUGGGAAAUGUCAUCGAUCGUCAUUUCCAAGCCAACUGGACGCCAUUUUUUUGCGAUUAUACGGUAGUAUAUGUACCUAUUUAGGUACAUACUAAUGUAUGUACCAAUUGGUAUAAUGUAUGUACCAAUGCAAUGGUAUAUCAAUUAAAGAAAUGCAUGAAUUUAUUCCAACCUUAUAAAAAUGUUUAAUAAUAUAUAA